AUGGCCACAGAACAGCAUCUGGAGCAGCCGCCGUCGCCCUCGCGGCUCCCAAUCACUGGUUCCGAGCCGUCGGUGAUGAAGUUGACGCGCGGUCACUCAUGCGUGCUGUGUCAACAACGCAAGGUUCGAUGUGACAAGCAAAAGCCUUGCGCCAACUGCCUCAAGGCCCAGGUCGAGUGUCGCGUCGUGCCCCCACAGCCACCAAGACGCAGGAAGAAGAAGCCGCAUGAGAGGGACCUCAUCGAGAGACUUCGGAAAUACGAGCACUUGAUGUCCCAGCACGGCCUCUCCUUUGAACCCAUCGCCCAGGACCUCAGGCCCUCGGACAAUGGAGACGACGUUGCCGAUCUGGAGCAGGAUCUGAGCGGGCUCAAGACCUCGCCCUCAAGCACCGCCGACCAUGUCUCGCCAGAUCAGGCCAAUGACAAGUCACAAUAUCGCAACGCCGACGAUGACUCCUCGGACGAGGACUACGAGGGCCCAACGCUUCACCAUGCCUACGAUGCCAUGUUCGACAACAACGAUGGCUUCCCCUUCGUCGUGGGCGGCGCAACGCAAAGCGUGACUAGCCACCACCCACCAGCCAUCCAAAUGUUUCAGCUCUGGCAAAUCUACAUCAGCAAUGUCAACCCUCUGCUCAAGAUCAACCACACACCGACACUCCAAGCCCAGAUCAUCAGUGCCAGCACGGCCAUCAACAAGAUAUCGAGGCCCCUGGAGGCCUUGAUGUUCGCCAUCUACUUUGCCGCCAUCACAUCCAUGAAUGACGACGAGGUUCAAAGUACCUUUGGCGAAGACAAGGCAGUCUUGUUGGGAAAGUACCACCAUGCCACCCAGCAGGCACUUGUCAAUGCUGGCUUCAUGCGCUCGACCGACCUGGCCGUGCUCCAAGCCUUGUUCCUUUACCUGCUCUGUGUUAGACAAUAUGUAGACCCACGAUCCCUGUUUUGCCUGAUCGGUAUGGCGGUCAGAAUAGCAACGAGGCUGGGAAUUCACCGCGACGGAGCUCAGUUUGGUUUGACACCGUUUGAAACGGAACAGCGGAGACGCCUGUGGUGGCAGCUCGUCAUAUUCGACAAGCGAGUGGCGGAAAUUACUGGUUCAUCCAUCACCGCAUUGUCGACAUGUGCAAGCGACUGCAAUUUUCCCUCCAACGUCAACGAUACAGACUUGAGCGUCCACGCCAAGGACCAUCUGCCCCCGCACCAUGGGCCGACGGAGAUGGUAUUUUGCCUCACCCGCAUCGAGCUUACUGUAGCAUCCAGCCAGACCGGCAACAUGCGUCCUGGGCCCUCCACUCCCGGAGGCAGACCCGGGGUCAACAACAAGGCGCAGAAGGUGCAAUAUAGCCCUUCUCCAUCCUCCCCGGACCUUGUCACCCAUGUGGCCAACCAGACGCUGCCUCACGACCUGGCCAGUUUUCACCUGUAUAUUGAGAACAGGUAUCUGAAGCAUUGCGACCAACGCAUCCCUCUUCACUCGUUCACAUUGCUCAUGACGCGCCAGGCGCUUUCCAAGCUCCGCGUCAUCGACUUUUUGACUCGUAGUUCGGGGAUCGAGAGUGUCAACCCAGCCGAGCGAGAGGAGCUUUUCAUAGAAGCCAUCAGGACGGUUGACUUAGACAACAUGAUCCAGAGGGCUCCGGAACUGCAAGGGUUCCGGUGGUAUACAUACCAGCAUUUCCCAUUUCCCGCCUACAUCUUUCUCAUAUCGGAGCUUAGAGUGCGAACGACGGGUAGCUUGUGCGAGCGGGCGUGGGACGCUAUGAUCGAAAAUCACGACCGCCGGGGGUUACUUAGGAGGAAUCUCCGGUCACCGUUACACAUUGCGUUUGGACACUUCUUUGUGAAGGCGUGGGAUGCGAGAGAGCAGGCCGAAUUGCAGCUGGGGAGAGUGUUGCCAACGCCCCAGAUUGUGACGCUGCUGAGGAACACGGUCUCCAAGAUGAAGAGGCCGACGGGGCCGCCGUUGGAUGGAGGUGACCAUCAGGCUAGUGUGCCCGGGCCGCCUGUCGCUCUGCCGCCGCCAAUCGUCGGUGGGAAUGACCCGCCACCGGGACUGUAUCCAGGAAAGGGGAUGCCGUUGACCCCCGAGACAACGGGGCCGGUGCCCGGAGCGGGGCCGCAGGUAGGACCGCCGGGAGGACCAGGACCAGGGAUGAUGGCAAUGGGUGAUGCGCCCGUCAUGUUUAAUGGAUAUGAAGGCCUGAACCCCUUGUUCAACAGUGCCAGUGGACCUGGACCGGGAGGUGGACAAGUUGGCGGACCUGGGGGAGGAGGAGGGCCAGGUGGGAUGGAAGAAAUGGACUUUGGGCAGAUGGACUGGAACUACCUGGUGCAGUACAGUUCUUUUGGGGCGUUCAACCCUGCUUAUUACCACCAGGGCGGCGCGGGUCCUGCGGGGAGUCACCCAUGA